AUAUGUACCUUUAUAAUAAAUAUGAGACUCUAUUGGAGUUUUUCCUUUGCAAAAAUUCAGGUUCUGUCACUAUCUCUCUCUAAUGGACACCAAACAGGUGUCGGGAUGUCCGAUCAUGCAAUAUUAAUAAACAGCUAAUUGUUGUAAAAACUGUGAUAAAUGUGCUAGUAACUAUUUUGUAACAAUUUAGAUAAAAACACGUGCCCUUUUUUGUUGUGUAGGUUAUUAACAAUGACAUUUCAGUCGUAUUUACAAGCAAUUCAAGGUUACGUGGUUGAAUACAUUGACAUCGAUUAUUCUUUAUGGCUGACAUGGUGUUUAGCCCCCUUGUUCAUAUCGUUUCUGCUUCCAAUGGUGAUAGGUCUUUUGCUAUAUCUCACCGCCUUUAUAUUAUACAUUUACAAGCUCCACUGGAGGAGCAUUCGGAUGACUUUACAAACGGGAGACAAAUGGGAGACUGCUCGGAGGACCGCGGCCGCAGUCUGGGACGCCCAUGGAUGGAUCUGGCACGGAUAUGAAAUCCAAGGCCUUGAAAACAUCCCUGACAGCGGCCCCGCACUCAUAAUUUAUUACCAUGGGGCCAUCCCGAUCGACAUUUAUUAUUUCCUUGCAAAGACCCUUUUCUACAAAAACAGAUUAGUCCACACUGUUGCCGACUAUUUUCUUUUCAGAAUUCCAGGUUUCAGUAUUAUCGCGGACUGCAUGAAAGUCAUUCCGGGUACAAUCCAGACUUGCUCCAACCUCCUUAAAGAGGGCAACGUCCUUGCGAUUUCCCCUGGGGGCGUCUACGAAGCCCAAUUCAGCCACCACUACAACCUAAUGUGGAAACGCCGUCUAGGCUUUGCUAAAGUAGCCCUCGAUGCCCAAGUUCCGAUUAUUCCUAUGUUUACAGAAAAUCUUCGCGAGGCUUUUCGAACUUUGAGUAUAGGUCGGAGGAUUUUUUUACGGUUGUAUGCAAUUUUUAAAUUUCCUUUUGCACCCAUUUAUGGAGGAUUCCCCGUGAAAAUGGUCAGUCAUGUGGGGAAACCCAUAGCCUACGACCCCAGUUUGACUCCUGAGGAUUUGCAAGCCAAAGUCGCUGCCAGUUUGAAUGAACUGAUCAAGAGGCAUCAGAGGGUACCGGGGAGUAUACUCUACGGAAUUAUGGAUCGAAUACCGUAUUUUAGGACAAAGAAUUUACAGCAUGAAGAGUAAAUGGACAUUCCUAUAGCUUAAUUUUUUAUUGUUGAAUUUGUACGUACUUAAAUUUUUAUGUACUUUUAUGUCAAUGGUGGAUGUACAGUAAUGAGGACGAUAGUACAAAAAUAAAGGUUUUUGUCAGGAA